UGUGACCAUAGCCUAACCUCAACUUUUGACAACUCAAUUUUGAACUCUGAACUGCAGGAACUGGGCCCUUGAAGAUAAGGAAAAGCCUGUAUAUUUUAUAAUGAAAUAUACAGCGUGCAAAGGGAAAAACUUCUGCGACUCUCGCACUCUUCCUUUCUUAUGAGAUUGUUUACAGAUAUAACAAACAUGAAUAAGUUAAUGAACGCACUCGAUGAAAAUUUCCAUAUAUUUUCACUGGGCAAAAAAUUGAACAUUGAAGUGAGACCAAACGUCAGCAAUGGAGCGUGGCUUUUAUUCCUUUUACCUUCCGCUAUCAUAAUUUCUGCUCUGAAACACUAUGUUGUUUUGACUGAAACAUACAAAUCAGUGGUGUUAUUUUCGAUCGGCAUAAUUUUCACCAACAUAUUCAUACUGAGAUCGUUGAAGAAAGAGAAGUAUGUGAAAGUAUAUCAGCUGUGGAUUUUCAUCCCAAUAUCAGCCCUAUAUGUCUCUUUGAAUAAAGAGUUACUGUUCGGGAUUUAUAGUGGUCUUUUUUGUACCAUCUUAUAUAGUAGGGUUUAUUUAAUGGUGGUUAAAAUGUUCCCGAGAUCUUUCACACUAGGAGAGGCUGGUAUAACGGCUCAAGCGUUGAUGAUAUUAUUGUAUACAACACUGCCUCACUUUUAUUAUUCUAUCGUUGAUCCCAUUACAUCAACUGGUGGAUCCUCUACUGUCAUAAUUCAGAUGGAACUCUUUGGAAUUAUAAUAUUGGCAGGGUUCUUGUUUUAUUUCAAUAUUGAAGGUGUUGUUGUUUAUUUCUGGACGUUUUUAAUAUUAUUAGCGACAUUUCUGCUACCAUUGCAUGUUUUUCUUCAAAGGAGUCCCAUUCUAUGGGUGCUUAAUCUGCUUGUAGAGGAUCUUGCCACGAUCAAAAUGAUCUUAUACUGGGUGAUAUGCGUUUGUAUAGCUGCUUUGGCAGUGAUAAGACAAAGAAAUACAGGCGAUAAAGCCUCUUCGUCACAGAGAAAAAUCUUUCACAUUCUAGCAGUGGCCGUUUACAUACCUGGAUUGAUGUACGAAUGCAACCUUUUAUACCUUGGCAGUGGCAUGUUACUUGGAAUAUUUUUUAUCCUCGAGAUUUUGCGUAAUUUGAAAGUGCCCCCUCUAGGUACGCUCUUACAAGAGAGCUUCAUGUCGCUGAGCGAUGAGAAGGACGCUGGAAUCAUCGCAGUGACACCUAUUUAUCUCCUGACGGGAUUUACCACUCCAAUUUGGCUACAUCCUGCACCUUGCGACAUCACAGAUUCUGCCUAUUUCAACUUUUUACCGCUUCUGAGCGGUAUUUUGUCUGUCGGUAUCGGAGAUACAGUAGCUAGUGUAUUCGGGUCAAAAUACGGCAAGCAUUUUUACCAUGAAUCAAAAAAAACUAUUGAGGGAACUCUGGCGUCAAUUGUGUCCCAAUUACUUGCAGUAUUUGUUCUAUAUCAAAUAGGGUUUAUUGUAAAUAUGGACAUGUUCAACAUAAUCAGGAUAUCACUUGCGAUCACAGUUACCUCUUUUGUCGAAGCCAAAACGGAUCAAAUAGAUAACGCAAUACUUCCGCUUAUAAUGUACAUAAUGUUGAUAUAGAAUGAAAGGGGUCGUUGAAUAAGUUAUAUUUUUGUACAAAGAAUCCAUCUGAAGAAAUUAGAAUUAAAUUUGGA